UACUGGGGAUGUCCCCAGUAUUGAGACGACAUCGGCCUGUCAUGAGGAUAUCAUCAUAGUCACCGAUAAAAGCUACAAAGCUACGCCGAAACUCAAACUCACCGUACCUUGAUUUCGAUUUUCCUUUAUCACAUACAACAAAAGAAACCAUGUCGGCAGUCAGGGACAAGCAACAACCAGACGCCGCCCCAGCAGCCGCAGCAGCCGGGAACAAGCCAGCCCCCUCGAUAACGCCCGAGCAGGUUGCCGUCGUCAAGUCCACGGCACCGGUGCUCAAGGAGCACGGCGUGACCAUCACUACCGUGUUUUACAAAAACAUGAUCGACGCGCACCCGGAGCUGCACAACGUCUUCAGCACCACCAGCCAGGCGACGGGGGCGCAGCCGCGGGCCCUGGCCAGCGCCGUGCUCGCCUACGCCACCCACAUCGACGACCUGGCAAGGCUCUCGCACGCCGUCAGCCGCAUCGCCCACAAGCACGUGUCGCUGCACAUCACGCCGGACCAGUACGACAUUGUCGGCAAGUACCUGAUCGAGGCCAUCGGGCAGGUGCUGGGGGACGCCGCCACGCCCGAAAUCGUCGCCGCGUGGAUCGCCGCGUACGGCGUCCUCGCCGACGUCUUCAUCGGCGUCGAGGGCAAAAUGUACCAGGAGCACAGCGACUGGCUGGGUUUCCGCAAGUUCAGGGUCCUGCGCAAGGAGGCCGAGGCCGAGUCCAUCACCUCCUUCUACCUGGCGCCCUCGGACGGCAAGACGCCGCUCCCGCGGUUCCUGCCGGGCCAGUACGUGAGCGUGCAGCUCUUCGUCCCGGAGCUGGGGUACCUGCAGAGCCGGCAGUACAGCCUGAGCGAGGGGUACCGCAAGGGCGGCGAGCACUACAGGAUCAGCGUCAAGCGCGAGGAGGGCGUCGAGGUCGGCGCGCCCGGCAUCAUCAGCAACAUGCUGCACGACAAGAUCAGCGUCGGCGACGAGGUCGAGGUCUCGCACCCGCAGGGCGAGUUCUUUGUCGACCCGGCCGACGCGACCAAGGCUGGCGCGCCGCUCGUCCUGCUGUCGGCCGGCGUCGGCGCCACCCCGCUGCUCUCCAUCCUCGAGAGCGUGACCGUGGCCGACGGCGGCGUCCCGGCCCCGGCGGCCACCAGGCCCGUGUCGUGGAUCCACGCAUCGCGCUCCCGCGCCCAGCGGCCGUUUGAGACGCGCGUGGCCGAGAUCCAAAAGACGGUGGGCGAGGAGCGGCUGCGGAGCAGGCUGUUCCUGGGCAAGAUCGACGCGGAAAAGGACGUCGCCAACCAGCACUUUCACUUUGGCGGCGGCAGGAUGGACCUCGACAAGCUGGACGCGGACAGGGACCUGCACACCUCGGACGCCAGGGCCGAGUACUACCUCUGCGGGCCCGAGGCCUGGAUGCUGGACACGAGGGAGAAGCUGGAGCAGAUGGGCGUGGCGCACGAGAGGAUCCACCUUGAGCUGUUCGCCACGGGUGACGUCCAGUAACAAGGGUGGCAAACAAUUUUUUGCGUUACUGUGUGUGUUUGUGUGCGCUUGCGUGGUGCACGUUGUCUUUUAUCAUGUCUCUGUGUUCUCCGGAGGCUAUAGAAGGAGAGAUGCAGGGACUAUACGGAGCCAGGAACGAACAGUGUAUUUGUCGGUGCGGGUUUAGUUUGGCGCAGGGGAGUUGUAAUUCUUUUUUCUUCUUCUUUUAUUUAUGGGCAACUCUUAGAAAGAUAAAUCUGUAGGCCUUUACUGGGAAAUCAGGAACUUGCUUCUUUUGCCGCUCUCUCCACACAUGGAGCUAUUCACGGGGGCAAAGACGAACUUGCUCACG